GUUGACGUUUUUUGACAAUCCGUUACCUGUUGACUGUUUUUAUAUUUAUAGUCUAAUUUUUCUCUUCUUCAAAGUUUUCCUUUAUCGAUUGUAUUUUCCAACAAAUAAGAAUAGAUAAUUGUAUCAUUGUCUCGUUUAUUUGCGUAGUUAUCUGAUUAUUUUAGUAAUCAAUAACGGUUGUGCUUGGCCCCUCCCUUCCUGCAUUUUGUUGACGAAAGUUUCCCUAUAGAAAAGCUUGAUAACUAUUUAUGGAUAUGGUUGUCUCAAACCUACAGCAACAAAGAGCCAUCACCGAGCAACUACGCCGGGAAGCAGCUAUAAAAAGGAUGCCUGUAUCUCAGGCCAUCAAAGAAAUUGUAAAGUAUAUACAGGAACAUGAGCAAGAUGAUUGCCUUGUUGUUGGCUUUUCUAGUCAAAGGGUCAAUCCCUUUCGUGAAAAAACCCCUUGCUCCGUUUUGUAAGUGCCUGGCAGGGGGUAGUUAAUAUGAAGGGCAUUUAAAAAACCUGUUGUAAUUUUUUGGGUCAAUAAUUAUUAUCCCUAAUAACCUUUUAUUUGUAAUUUAAUAUUUGAUUGUGUAAUCUGUAUAUUUUUGUUUCUUUAUUGACUUUACGAAUAUGUUAGUUUAAUUUACAGAAAACUUAUUGUAUUUUGAUGUAGCAUGAAUAUCUUGAAAUUGAUGUUUCCUUGGACCUUUACACCACCUUUUUUAUUUUUAUUGUCAAUGACUAUAAUUAUUUAUAAUUAAUAACAUUCCUGUGCCUACCUAUUGGGCAGAUAAAUUCUGCCUUAAGCAUUAUAUCUGUGAAAUCAAAUCAUGUGAAGCCUAUAGUAGAAAAAGACUAGUUAAUCAAAAAUAAAAUAUUAUACAUUUAAAA